AUGGGGAAGCUUUUGUGUGAUUCAAGCACAGUCGCCGAGCCAUUCCAAGGUUCGCCGUCGGCAGCACUGCCGUGGCGGGAUCAGAAAUCGGAACCUAUCGCGGCCGUAGAUCUUGUCGUGCCGGCUAGCGUUGGUGGCGCGACCUUCGCUUGCGGCUGGGAAGAUGUCGCUGGUCUGGAAGAGCAGCAGAGGCGCCAUCUCCAGAAGCUCCACGCCAAAGGCGUGCUCUGGAAGCCGGCGGAGGAGGUAGAGGACUCUUCUUCGUCGCCGUCAUCCUCCCCUCUCAGAUCCGUCGUUUUCCGGCUCUCGCACGGCGGCGAGGUGUCAGCUGACGGGAACUGUCUGUUCACGGCGUCACGGAAGGCGAUGGGAGGCGAGGAGGUGGACGCGCGCGAGCUGCGGCGGCGAACGGUGACGCGUUUUUUGGAGGAUCUCGGAUCUGUGAGUUUUGUGGAGAGAGAAGCGAUUGAUGAAGCGAUUCGGCACAUGUACUCGCCGGAUCUGAAGAACGGUUGGGGGAUUCAUGUCGUUCAGGAGGUGAAGUUAUUGGCGAAGAAGGAGGAUCGAUUCGCUCUUGAUUCGGCCAUCGACGAGCUCAUUCACCUCGGCAUGCAAAGAGAAAUGGCAGCGGAGUCUAUUUACAAAGAGAGAUGUGUUCCCGUGAAUGAUGGUCCAAGUUGGGCCAAAUACAUGUUGAUCUCCGGUUCUCCUGAUGAUGAAUAUGAUAUCAUCACUUUGCAAUAUACUGAGGAGGGUUUAUUAUCUGUAGAUGAGAAUAGAGAGGGUCGUGCUGCAGCUUUCGGUGACGAUAUUGCAAUUGAAUGCCUUGCUACAGAGUUCAAGCGAGAGAUCUAUGUGGUGCAAGCACAUGGUGCAGAUGCCAUGGUUGAUGAAGAAAAUUGUGUUUUCUUCCUUCCACAUCGUCCAAGGAGCCGAAUUACUGAACCUCCAUUUUUCCUUUUCAUGAAAGGAACAGGAUGGUGUGGUGCUGGAGCUGACCACUAUGAGCCCCUGAUUGCUCAUCCUUCCACCUUUGUUUCCCAAGAGAAGGUUGCUGUGGUACUCUGA